GCGUGCCCUUUUCGUAAGGCUGAAUCCCCGCCAGUGACGAUUUGAAAUCGGCCCCGUCAGCACCGGGAACCGGGUGAGCGAGGAUGGCGUCGUUCGUCACGGAGGUGUUGGCCCAUUCUGGCCGCUUGGAAAAGGAGGAUUUGGGAACCAAAAUUAGUCGCCUGUCCCGGAAGGUGGAAGAAGUGAAGGGUGAGGUGUGUGAUCUGAUCAAUAAAAAGUAUGACGAGUUCCUUCCCAGCAUGCAAAGCGCCGAAGAUCUAGUGAGACAGGUGCACGGACUCGUCGGCGAUGUGGAUGUCCUAAAGUCAAGAAUAGAGAAUGAGGUACAAAGUGACCUUCAAGUUGCAAUCAGCGAAUUCACUGAAUUGAAACAGCAGCUUGAGAAAAACAAUGUUAUUCUGAGUGUUCUGAGUCAGCUGCAAGAGUUUGACAGCGCUAUUGACCAAUAUAAUUGUGCUUUGGCUGAAAGAAACUACAUCACUGCAGCCCAACAUCUUGAAAAGGCCCAGAGCAGCUUUAAAGUGUUGAAGUCCCGGAAGGGAUUUGAGCUCCCGAUGUUGAAAGCUCUCGGUAUCGAGCUGACCGUGCAGAAACAGAACAUGCUCUACCACCUCGGGGAAGAGUGGCAGAAGUUGGCUGUAUGGAAGCUCCCGCCGUCCAAAGAAAACACCAGUUUGGAGAUGGUUUUGCAAACCGAGCUCCAUCUCUGGACUUUGCCCUCAAGCGAUGAGUCCACGUCUGUUCCUUUGCUGGCUUCUGUCCUGCAGUCCUUGGCUAUCCUCGGGGAGCUCAACACGAAGCUGAAAUUCUUCAGCCAGUUACUGCUCAAUUACAUCCUUAAACCCCUGGUAACGUACCCGGCCCUACAUGCCCAGGUGGACACGCAACCACAAGGAGUCAUCUUGCGUUUUGAAACCAUGGACACAGAUCUGGAGCAUCCGUCUCCGGCAGCGGUGUUCCUGAAGUUGCAACUUGUUCUAGAAUUACUUCACAAGCACUUACUGGAUGUGCCGCUCGAAAACUACCAGCGAGGUGAAGGAUCGGUCAAGUUGGUCUUAGCUGAGGUUCUCGGGGAUAUGAUCUGGGAGGAGAUCUCGGAGUCGGUCAUCAAAGACUGUUUGGUCUAUUCUAUCCCGACCAACAGCAGCAAACUCGAGCAGUACGACGAGGUCAUUAAGUCCACAGAGGAGUUUGAAAAUGCCCUUAAGGGUAUGAAGUAUCUGAAGGGAGAUGCCACAGAGCUCCUGAAAUAUGCCCGAAAUGUCAAUGCUCACUUCGCCAGCAAGAAGUGCCAGGAUGUGAUAGUAACGGCCAGAAACCUGAUGACCUCGGAAAUACAUAAUACCAUAAAGAUCACUCCGGACUCCAAGGUGUCCUUGCCAAAGCUCAAGAGCCCUAAAGAUGCGGAGAAGGUGAAAGGGCAGAGGAACCGCGCCCCAGAAGCCCCGGCUUUGGAGAACGAGGUUAAGCUGAGCCAACACUCCUUCUCCCUGCCAAGCUGCCGGAUCAGUGAGUCUGUCGAGAAGUUAAUGACGCUCGCCUACCAGACCCUUUCUGAAGCUACAGCCAGCAACAGGCCCUGCGCCAUCCAGCUAUUCUACACUGUCAGAAACAUUUUCCAUCUGUUCUAUGAUGUUGUGCCAACGUAUCACAAAGAGAACCUGCAGAAGCUUCCCCAGCUGUCCGCUAUCCACCACAACAACUGCAUGUAUAUUGCACACCAUCUGCUCACACUGGGCCACCAGUUCCGCUACCACUUCCCCUCUCCUCUUAGUGACGGAGCUGCCACUUUCGUUGACAUGGUUCCUGGAUUCAGAAGACUCGGCACCGAGGUGUUCCUCGCCCAAAUGCGUUCACAGAAAGGAGAUCUGCUUGAAAGGUUAUCAAGUGCAAAAAAAUUCUGUAAUAUGGAAGAUGAAGAGAACUACACAGCAGCCCACAAGGCGAUUAGACAGGUUAUACACCAGCUGAGUUGCCUGGGGAAGGUUUGGCAGGAUGUUCUUCCUCUAGCGAUAUACUGCAAAGCCAUGGGCACCUUAUUGAACACGGCCAUCGCAGAAAUGAUCAGCAAAAUUGCGGCUUUAGAGGAUAUUUCCACCGAGGAUGGAGAAAGGCUAUAUACACUUUGCCGUACGAUGAUUGAGGAAGGCCCCCUGGUAUUCACACCCCUGCCUGAAGAAAGCAAGAACAAAAAGUACCAGGAGGAGGUUCCGCUUUAUGUGCAGAAGUGGAUGAAAUUUAAAGAGCUUAUGAUUAUCUUGCAGGCCAGUCUGCAGGAGAUUGUGGAUCGGUGGGCCGAUGGAAAAGGGCCACUCGCUGUCGAGUUUUCCACCAAUGAAGUGAAAAGCUUAAUACGGGCCCUCUUUCAAAAUACGGAGAGGAGAGCUGCAGCUUUGGCCAGGAUUAAAUAGUUAACGUUUGCAUACCUUCUGUAAUUUUUUGUACAUACAAAACUUGCUUGAGCGCCAGUAAAAUCUGUUCUUAAGAAA